CACACAUACACACACACACACACACACACACACACACUCACACGCCCUCCUCCUCCCCCCAUCGCUGCAGUGUCUCUUAACUGCCUUGGAGCUAACAAGAGAGGAAAUAGAACGCCGACAGAAACAGGCGGACAGAGAAAGACAGAAAGAGAAGAGUGCUUUGUGAAUGAGUGUGUCUGUGUGUGUGAGAGAGAGAGGGAGAGAGAGAGAGGGAGAGAGAUCUGAGGAUGUUGGAGAUUCGAGGCUCGGUCAGUCCUCCUCUCUGGCUGAAGGCUGGGCUGCGGUGCUGCCACUGAAUGGACGGAAAACACACCGAAACGGAACCCAUGCCUUUGGCCGUCUGAGACGCACUGGCUUAUGCAACGAAGAAACAGCAAGACAAUCUGUUGUCCAGAAGACCCAAAAGCACCACCUGGAGAGCAUGAGGUCUGACAGUCUGUAGAAGCGAGAAAGGAAAAACCAAGGACUAUAGAAUAAUAUCCGAUGAUCACCAUCUGUCAGAUACAAAGGAGCGCUCACUCUAUAACAUGAGGGAGGACACAGAGGGGCUUUUGCCUUAUCCACACUCUCUCCCUCAAUGCUGACAGGUUCUUUUUAGUCAUCACUUUUUGGGGGGGUGUCCCCUCCUUGACCCCCCCAUCUACUGGGAUCUAACAAGGAAGCCAAGCUGCUGAACUAGGAUACAAGUGGGUCUUCUUCCACCAUGUUCCGGGUAGCACUGAAUGCCAAAUCCCUUAUUGUUGAUCUCUAAGAAAAUACAGAUUCACUGCAAUCUAAUCCACCUACUUCUUUGCUUUGGACUAGAGUGGGGCCACAAACCCGUUUGUCACUGACUUUGUUACGCUAUUGAUGCUCUUCCUCUUCGCCUUUCUCUAGUAUUAUCUCCUCACCUUGGCAUCGAUUUGCUUUCCAGUACUUUCUAGGAGUUGUUGUGGAGUACCUGUGUAACCCGUAUUUGACCAUGGGCUGCCGACAGAGUUCGGAGGAAAAAGAGGCAGCCAGGCGCUCGAGGCGCAUCGACAGGCACCUUCGCUCAGAGAGCCAGCGCCAGCGGCGCGAGAUCAAGCUCCUACUUCUGGGCACCAGCAACUCGGGCAAGAGCACCAUUGUCAAGCAGAUGAAGAUCAUCCACAGUGGUGGCUUCAAUCUUGAGGCUUGCAAGGAGUACAAGCCGCUGAUCCUCUACAAUGCCAUCGACUCGCUCACCCGCAUCAUCCGGGCCUUGACAACUCUCAAGAUCGACUUCCACAACCCAGACCGUGCCUAUGAUGCCGUUCAACUCUUCGCCCUCACAGGUCCGGCUGAGAGCAAAGGGGAAAUCACUCCCGAGCUUCUGGGUGUGAUGAAGCGCCUUUGGGCUGACUCCGGGGUGCAGGAGUGCUUUCAGCGCUCCAACGAAUACCACCUGGAGGACAACACGGCCUACUACCUUAACGACCUGGACCGGAUCUCUGCACCCGAGUACAUUCCAACCGUGGAGGAUAUCCUGCGCUCCCGAGACAUGACCACUGGCAUUGUGGAGAACAAGUUCACCUUCAAGGAGCUCACCUUCAAGAUGGUGGAUGUGGGUGGCCAGCGCUCAGAGAGGAAGAAGUGGAUCCACUGUUUCGAGGGCGUUACCGCAAUCAUCUUCUGCGUGGAGCUGAGUGGCUACGACCUUAAGCUUUACGAAGACAACCAGACGAGUCGUAUGGCAGAGAGCUUGCGUCUGUUUGACUCCAUCUGCAACAACAACUGGUUCACCAACACCUCGCUCAUCCUCUUCCUCAACAAGAAGGAUCUUCUGGCCGAGAAGAUCAAGCGCAUCCCGCUGACCGUCUGCUUUGCCGACUAUAAGGGCCAGAACACCUACGAGGAGGCGGCCGUCUAUGUCCAGCGGCAGUUCGAGGACCUGAACCGCAACAAGGAGACGAAAGAGAUCUACUCGCACUUCACCUGUGCCACCGACACCAGCAACAUCCAGUUUGUGUUCGAUGCCGUCACGGACGUGAUUAUCCAGAAUAAUCUCAAGUACAUUGGUCUGUGCUAGGACCAGGGGAGGGGUAGGGGGGUGGUCUACGUUUGGGGCUUUUGGAGGCAAAUGGAUCAUCAGCGAAACCCUUCACAAACAUCGAUGUCUGGUGGUCCGUCCAUUGUAUUUGGCCUCUAUCGCUUGCUAGCUAUAGCAGGAACCAAUAUAAGAUGGCCAAGGGCGAGGAAGCAGAUCCUGCCGCCUUGCUGAAACAUUGGAAAGUUCAUGUUUGAGGACUACUGCGUUGGUAUAAAUGUGUUUGCACUGAAUUUAUGAGAAUAUACACACAUACACACCCUUAUGUUUUUUUGCUCACUCACAAAAAGACUCAACUGGCAAUUGGAAUUGAUUGUCAAGCACACAGUUGACAUGGAAACACUGGUAGCUUAUGACAGCUUCCUUUCAGGCCUGCCAAACAAACCCCUGAAAUACAACAAGAAGUCUGCACCAUCCCCUUUGAGUCCAGUCCCAUCCUGCAAGGGUGUCUGAUUUGAGCAAUGCUGCUUUGGGACAGGAUUGAAAAACAGGGACGGUUUUUAGAAUAUUUUCCUCUAAGCGAGAUAAAGUACGUAAUUGGGGAGCCUAUCAGAAAAAAACUGACUGAUAUCACUUCGGUUCCCUUCCAAAGGUGAAAACUGCCACCGUCUAAUGCUGAAAUUUGGCUUUUUACACUGUAUUUUAUUUAUGGCUGUCUGACCCAUAGAAAAAAUGCUCUAUUUUCUGUUUUUUUUUUGGCUUUUUUGGUUUGUUUUGUCUAAAAUAGGAUGUACGGAUGUACUUUGAUCCUGAGUUUUAGAGCAAACACCUGAUUUUCCAAGAGUGUUACGAUGAAUUGAGCAUUAAGUGUUUCGUAAAGAUCAUUCCAGUUUCCAGAAAAGUAAAUAGUGCCAAUAUAAAUGUAAAUAAAGAACAGACCAUCCAAAAAAAAACCUUUUUGGUUUUUACUGAGAAACAAAAAAGAGACAAGAAAAUGCUGAUACAUUCAAAUAUGCAUGAUUUUGUUACUUUCAAAUUUUGAUAAAUUAUAGUUUAAUUUGUUUUCUUAUAUUUUUUUGAUUUUACUAAUAUACUCCCAAAUACAUAUAUAUAUAAAAAUAUAUAUAUAAAAGUAUCUAUAAGACAAAGUCAAACACUGUGUACACUUGUACAGCUGUUUUCUGAGAGGUAUUUAUUGAAGAGAAGACUGUAAGCAGAGACAGUAAUUCAUAUCCAGCUCAAACCCCAACCCAGCAUGUGAAUAUUAGCCAAGAAUAUGCUGGUGCAACAACAAAAAAACAAACAAAAACAAGCAAACAAAUAAAACUUAUACAAGCAAAAAAGUCUUGGAAAAAAAACUCAUAUGAGCAAAAGAAAUCUUUCCUUUUUAUUCUGCCGUCAUUUUGAGUGGACAUUGUUCUCGGUAUGAUGUGUAAAUAGUAUGUGAGGUGCAUUCUUUGUGAGAAAAGAUAAAAAAAAUAAUUCACUUAAAGACAUAGGGGUGAUCGGCAGAAAGAAAAGGCCCCGACCCCUUUCUUCAUCUCCUCCUCUUCCUCUUCUUCUUCUUCUUCAGCUAUGAUGAUGAUGAUGAUGAUGUGCGACCAUCCCAAGCUAAGGGCUUCAGGCUUGACUUUACAUGAUGUCCACUGAUAAACAAACAGAGAAAUAUUUAAAAAGAAGUAUAAAAGAACAAUAAUAGUGAAUAAAAAGGAUUAUGCAAA